AUGUAUGGUGUAUAUUGUAUGGAUUACCAGUACCCUGUUGUCCAGCAGACAGAAGGAGGAGCACAGACGGAUGGCCAGCAGUCACAGACACAGAGCAGUGAGAAUACUGAGAGCAAAUCUACUCCAAAGCGGCUGCACGUCUCCAAUAUUCCCUUCCGCUUUCGGGAUCCUGACCUCCGGCAGAUGUUUGGGCAAUUUGGCAAAAUCCUUGAUGUAGAGAUAAUCUUUAAUGAACGUGGCUCCAAGGGAUUCGGGUUCGUAACUUUCGAGAAUAGUGCUGAUGCAGACAGGGCCAGGGAGAAAUUACACGGCACCGUGGUAGAGGGCCGUAAAAUCGAGGUUAAUAAUGCUACAGCACGAGUGAUGACUAAUAAGAAGAUGGUUACACCGUAUGCAAAUGGAUGGAAGCUAAGCCCUGUGGUUGGAGCAGUGUACGGUCCUGAAUUAUACGCAGCAUCCAGUUUUCAAGCAGAUGUCUCGCUGGGCAAUGACGCUGCAGUGCCCCUGUCAGGAAGGGGGGGUAUUAACACUUACAUUCCUUUAAUCAUUCCUGGCUUCCCUUAUCCAACUGCAGCGACCACGGCCGCCGCUUUCAGGGGAGCCCAUCUGAGAGGUCGAGGGCGAACAGUGUAUGGUGCAGUGCGGGCAGUACCUCCAACAGCUAUCCCAGCCUACCCAGGAAUAGUCUUACAGGAACCAAUCAUUAGCGCUAAAAUACCUCAGGGCGGAUAUGCAGCCUACAGAUAUGCACAGCCUGCUACCGCAACAGCAGCCACUGCUGCUGCAGCCGCUGCAGCGGCUUACAGCGAUGGCUAUGGCAGGGUGUACACAGCAGACCCUUACCAUGCCCUUGCCCCUGCCGCUAGCUAUGGAGUUGGCGCUGUGGCAAGUUUAUAUCGAGGCGGCUACAGCCGAUUCGCCCCCUACUGAAGUGACGUGACCCCCCCUGCAAGUGGGACAGCCCCCCAGUUCAUGAGGCCUGGCUAUUGCAAUAUUUACUAGUAGAGGAACUCUAUAGCAAGAAGAGGAGGAAAACAAAAGAAAAAAAACAAGAGAAAUACUUUUUUAUACCUCACUAUGUUCUUUGAAUAUGUAUUUUUCCUUUAAAUUUCUGCCUUUAAUUCUUUUGUUCCAAAGAUUGUGCAUUUUGGGGUUUUUGGUUGUUUUUUAACUGUGGUAAACAUAAUGCAUUUCCAUGUCUGUAUAUGCGUAGCUUAUCCAACCAAUCACAAAAGAGACAAAUAGUGCUAAGGAGCACCAUUAGGAACCAAUAUCAUGGAACUAAAUCAGGAACAUGCAGGCGUUUGUUUUACCAGGGUCUGGUGCCUGAGGCAUUUAUUUUACCGGGGUCUAGAACCUGAGGCCCAUGAUGAAUGAGGAAGAGCCUCUCUACCUGCGGAUGGCAGUGCUGAUUGGCUGCAGCUGGAACCUGCACGCUGGUUGGAAUUGCAAACCCCUCCCCCCAUUUUAUUACCAUCUGGCAUAUGUGGGCUUGGAGCAGUUCCGGAAGAUUCUACAGAUUCUGAGAUGAGGCUUCCCAAAGCUGCCCAAAGACUGUCUAUGAACAGUUUGAGGGAACAAGACUUGAAAUAAAUUUGUGAUCCUGUUGUUUCUAUACGUGCACCUAACUUUAGUGAUUGAUGUCCACUACCAAGACUGUAGUUCUUAGUUUCUUUCACUUGCUAUGGUCUUCCUCUCUUUCCAUCUUCUUCCCUCUUUUUCUUUUCCUGGAGGAGCGGCAGAUGUGGAGAACUUAAAGCCAUGGUCUGUCUUCGCUAACAAGGAGCGUGAUGGCAAAGUGCACAACAGCCUAAAGUUUAGAGGAAAGGUGGCCGGAAAAGCUCGCCCAACUGCCACCCUGGGCUUCCCAGUGUCCGAGAUCCCCUUCUUCCCCUUCCCAAAAUGCUUACCUUGCUGCAAGUUUGCCAUCCAACAAUUGCAUGAAGAGAGAGAAACGCAUCAUGGAUCAUGGCCUCAGAAACAGGGCUUGGGGGAAUUUUGUGUGUGUGUUGUAACACUAUUCCGGAAGUAGUCGUAUAAUUUCAUCAUCAGGGCAGGCAGAAGCAGAUUUCAAAUGAUGUUUGAAAACACAGGAAGCUCCUGCCUUGGCAUUUGUGUGGUCACUUUCACGUUCCAAUGGGUCGUGGUGUCUGUUCCAAAGAGAAAUACGCAUCCACGCUUGGUUUGGAGACAUACUGCAGAAUGCAAAUGAAGAGACUUAUCAGGAAGACCCUUUCCAUAAUCUUACGAAAGAACAGCCUUUAUUUUUACACGGCGGACAUUUUUGCAAGUUGCUCUGGAAGCGUGAGGACAAGCCAAGCCAUUGCCCUGAAACAUAUGGCCUGAAGUUUGGAAAUCAGAGGGGAAGAAGAAAUACCGCUCUGCCCUCUUGGGCCAUCAUAAUUUUCUUGGCACCGGUUGCAGGUUCUCUGCAACACUAUCUUUAAAACCCUGAAUAUUAGAGAAGCACAAUUCCUUUUGACUCCUUGGCCUGCCUAAAUUGGUACUGGGUGGCCUCUCACCCUUGGAAGGGCAGGCAGGGGGUGGACUUGUAGCUGAAGCCUAUUCACCUCCUGUCGCCAUAUACCCGCCGGUGAUGUCAGCAUAGGAACAGAGAGGCCCUGAAGUUCUCCAGCAAGCAGGGCUUAUCAAGGAGGGUCACUUGCGCCUUUGCUCCAGCUCCCUUGCAGUGCUUGCCAGAGACGGGGAUGCCUGAAGCAAGAAGGGCUGGGGAGGCACGGGGGGGGGGGGGGGAGAUUUCAACGAAGCUAGAAACUCUUAACAAUAUUGAUUCUCUGAAAUGAGGUGACACCAAACUGCCAGCCUCUUGGUCACUUUUUGUUUGUUUUUAUUGUCUUGGUUUUUUUCCCCCUCCCCCCAAGCCAAAGUUUGGUUUGUUGCUGUUAUGACAAUUUCUGUUUUUUUGUAUAUAAAUAUUUUAGUUAGGUUUAAAAUGGAUUGGGGAGAGGGAAGCGGGGCACCGGUCUUUUACAAAAAUUGAGGAAACAGGGAGGAAGGUGGGAUUUUCUUCUGACUUCUUGAAAUCGCUUCGUGUCAUGUUCGCCGAUCAGCCUGUUUCUAUCAAAAGGCAGAUGAGGGUUGGAAAAGGGGGGAAUGAGACGCAGCAAAUAACCAGUUGCCUGAGCUGAGAGGAAUUGACUCUGUUGGCAGAGCUCCUGCAUACACCUUGGGUCAACUGACUCUCUUACAUCUGGAAAUUUGUGUACUCUUGAUUUGGGUUCCAUUUGGAUUUUCUGUGCUCUGUGAUUCCUAUAUUAGCGAAGAGGGUUGACCCUCAGAACUGGGCAUAAAAGACCAAGCCGAGUAUGUGAUGCAUCCUAUUAGAAACAGCUUGAGAAACAUAUAACUUGAGCGACCAUCUAAGGUGCAUCAUUGCAGUACCAGUUGACUGUGCCCAAGGUGGUUCUGUUAUCUUUUACUUCCCCAUCUGUAGAUGGAAGAACAAUAUGACCCUUCUUUUGUGAAACACAGUGAGGUCCAUGGUGGAAGGAAGAACACUAUUACUAAUGAGAUAUUGUUGCUUCCCAGCCUCUUUAAAAGCCUACAACUACCAAUGCGUAUUUUGUUGCAUAGCAGCUUUCUAGUGAGAUGUUACACAGUUCACUAUUUGAUUUCUAGAACAGCCACAACACCUUAAUAGGUGGAUAUAGUUGGGACUUUCUACAUACUCCUACAUCUCCUCCUCUUUAUAGAUGUUUAGUAAAUUGGUGGGUGGGUGCGGGGAGCAAUCCAGAACUCAGCUGUGGAAACCGAAUUUGGGAAAUGUACAGUUUGCUGCGUCCCACUCCUGAAGGGAAAUUUGCGGCCAUCCUGGGAAACAGAACGCAUCUCCUGCAUGCCAACAUUUGAACGAUCCUUAAUGCUGGGGUAGGGGAGAUUUAAAGAGUGUGUUUGCCUGUUUGCACUGGUUUUAAAAUAGGAAAAUGAAAAUCCUUGUGAACAAAGCAAAGAGCCAGUGUGAAGUUCUAUGUGUGUGUGUGUUCUUAAUUUUGUCAUGCUCUUGGGAAUGUCAAACGUAGUACAACACAGCGUGACUUGAUUUUUUUGUUGCAUAAAACACUAUUUUUGUGAUGUAACUGUCCGAACAACCCAUCCUUUCUUAUCCCACUCCCUGUCCUCCUCUCUCUCUUUUUUUGAAGUUGCUUUUAUUCUGUAAUGAAACAAAACCUCCCCUCAGUGAGGCAAGCUGUCUUCUGAUAGUCCAAGUGAAAUUGUUCUUUUCCCGGGUACUUAUUCUGGCUAAUUUGACAAGGUGGUGCAAUGUUGCCUCUGCUCUUUCCCUGUGAAGUGAAAUACAGAAAGAUGUCCAUUUUUAGAGUGGGCUGCCAUAACUAAGGGUGGGGUACAGGAAUAUACCAGGGAAUAUCUGUGGCAAGGUUGUCCAGUUGACACUUCUGUUACCGCCAAGUAGGGAUUACUUGGGAUGACUUCUAGUUAAAUUAAGCCCAAGGACUUCCAGAUGAUGAGGGUAAAAAAACUUCCUCAUUAGCAAAAAAUAAAAAUAAAAAUCUGUCCUGCCAACUUUUCCCCCCCUCAAGCCGUCCACUGGAGUAUUCAUUUGGCUGGCAGUCUUGCAUCAUGACACCGCUUAUUUAACGGUUGGCUUAAAAAGCAAAUUGGAAACCUCUUGUUGAGCGCUCUCUCUCUUUUAGGGGUGAAACAUUUGUUGAAGUGCAUUUGUUGCUGCUUUGAGAAAUAACUGUCAAAGGAACCUAAGUCAUUUAGGAAUUCUCUUCCCAGUAUUAAGUACACAUUGCAGUUCUGGCAGUUUGUUUAUAGUAAGUGAAAAAGUAACCAUCCAGAUUUGUUUUGGGUUUUUUAAUUAUUAUUAUUAUGAAAUCCUUUUUUUGGGGGGGGGAAUAACGGGGGCAAAAUGCUGGUCCGAUGGCUGUUGCCAGCCAGGACUGCAAGGCAACAUCAAGAUGAUGCUUCACUGACCUUCAAGGCUUAGCUAACGCUUCAGUUCAAGGCCUAGAAUGCCCCAGACUCUGAUGGUGGUAAUGACUGACAUGCCUCUUCACGCAGUGUCUCCCGCACCUUUCCCUUGCCAGGUUCCCUUGGGGCCAUAGGACGCAUUGUAGUUAGCUGUUCUCCCUUCCUCUGGAUCAUUUCCCAGUAUGCUCGGGCUACUUGCCCAGAGUCCCAGGUCCCCGUUGACUUUGGAGAAGCAGCGCUUGCAUCCUAGGGCUUUGUGGCCUCUUCUUAACAUCCGUCUCCCUCCCCACUCUCCCUGGUUAAGUAUCAUAUUGUACAGUAGCUUUCAAACCAUACAGUAUUCAUUGGGUUACUCUUAUUAUUAUCAAGUAGCUGGAAUUGUGAAGGUCGGAGUAGUUAGAUCUUUAGCUUUUAUUCCUUUUUUUGUAUUACUAUCCAUGUGUAUAAAUUAUUGUUCAUGUUGCUGGCUUUUAUAAACUCUAAGCAAGGGAGGGGCCCUUCCUCACCCUUUGCAAAUGGUAAUGAAGCACUGUUUUUAAAUAAAAAGAGAGAAACACCA